AUGAAGGUUGUUCACCUCACAUGUUGGCUCUCGAGCCAGCUACUGCUUGUUAGCAGCCAGGCUACUGCCCAGCCAGGAGUGAAGUUAGAAGUUAGCGAGAUCCAGAAGAUCACAGACGCUUCUCAGGGUGGCUUCCGCCCUUUUAUCGAGUUUUCAGUUGCAGGCCAGGUCAUGAGAGGCUUGCUUGAUACAGGAAGUAGUGACUUGAAUAUUCCGAAAACGGGAAGCGACUUUUGUCGUAGCGAAGGAGAGCAGUGUGAUGGACGUGCCACGGGCUUCAAGGCCGGAUCCCUCGACGUCAAUAAGAACAAAACCCAAAUUCGAGAUCUGAACCUUCCUCUUAACGCAACUUUUACCGGAGGGGCCGCAUUCGUUGGUAAAUUUAUCGAAAGCUCUCUUCAGGUCACCCCCGGCGGAAAAGCAGUUCCCGUGCAGAUGGGCCUCGUGGAAUCAGGAGGCGUGCCUCCCGGCCAAGUCAGCUUUCCAGUCAUGGGUAUUGGCCCAGUUCAAGGAGAAUCUACGAAUAAUCUAUAUCCAAAUGUCCCGGCUCGGUUUAAACAAGACAGCCUGAGCAGAUCGAACGCAUACGGUCUUUAUCUCGGUGACUUCCGAUCUCCUGACAAUGGAAGUUUGGUUUGGGGUGGAUUCGACGCCGCUAAAUGCGAGGGUGAGCUUAAAAUCGCACCAUUAGUUGCAACCGAAGACGGGGCUUUGCCCUCGUUCGUCGUGGAUUUUAGCUCAGUUGGCUUGGCCCCCUCUAGGGAUACAGGACGAGGCAAUAAUUCGCAAGAACGCCCUAGUCGACAAGAAGGGUCGUUUCCCGAAUCCGACGACAGCAUAUCAUGGUCAGGGGAGUUUAAGAGGUCUGUGUUCACGAGUCACCGUCUAGAUAACGCCCGAGUCCCAUCAUAUGUGCACACCUCCCAGGGCCUGUCGGCACGAGAUUUAUUGCGGCGACAACGGAGAGGGAAUCUGUUAUCCAACGAUGCACCUCCGGUAGCGUGGCUUGAUACCGGUGUGCCUUCAAUCGUCCUCCCCGCUGGAACAUUAGAUGCACUGGGGAAGAGACUCGGCGCGCGACCCGGGCCGCAAGGCGAGUUCCUUGCAGACUGUAGCCGUAUACGGGGUAUGGAUCUAACGCUUGGAUUGAACAAAGACAAUGUUCAAGUGAGGGUGCCUCUUGAUUCCAUCAUUGCUACACCUGAUCCUGGACGUGGCGCAAGAGAGCCCGGCAAUGCUAGACUUGGCAAUUCAAGACAGCCCCAGAAGGACAGAAAUCGGGGAGGCGCCAACAACCAGAAUAAUAGGAAGGACCGUGGAGGGAAUCGACAGGGCAGCAGUACCCCGAAGGGUAAUAGCAAAGGAAACAAUAAUAAUAUCGGCAGCGGCGCCUCACCGGGCUCUGAUCGUGCUGAGACUUGUGAGCUCGCCCUAGCGCCUGUUGAGGGCGACGGACCUACAGAUAUUCCUGUUCUUGGAGCACCGGCACUACAAAGCAUGUAUGUUGUAUUUGACAUGGAUUCUAAAGCCCUGAUGAUAGCCCAAGCGAAGAUGAACGAAACGAAGACUGAUAUACGGGAGUACAUUGCGGCUGGUGGAGGUUGA